CAGGACAUUGCAGUUCCCGAGGCUCCUCCUCUGCGGAUGGUCACUGCCCCUCCGCCAGGCUUCCUGCUCGAGUUUCCUUCUCAGCCAGGCCAGCCCAGAAGCCAGAUAGUCCCGGGACAGGCCCAGCCCCAGAGCCCAGAGAUGCUGCUGCUGCCCCUGCUGCUGCCCGUGCUGGGGGCGGGGUCCCUGAACAAGGAUCCCAGUUACAGUCUUAGUCUUCAAGUGCAGAGGCUGGUGACGGUGCAGGAGGGCCUGUGUGUCAUCGUGCCUUGCAACCUUUCCUACCCCUGGGAUGGCUGGAACGAGUCUACUGCUGCUUAUGGCUACUGGUUCAGAAAAGGGACCAACACAAAUAGGGGUGCUCCUGUGGCCACAAACAACCCGAGUCGAGAGGUGGAAAUGAGCACCCAGGGCCGAUUCCAGCUCACUGGGGAUCCCGGCAAGGGGAGCUGCUCCUUGGUGAUCAGAGACGCGCAGAGGGAGGAUGAGGCACGGUACUUCUUUCGGGUGGAGAGAGGACGUCGCGUGAGACAUAAUUUCUUGAACGAUGGGUUCGUUCUAAAAGUAACAGCCCUGACUCAGAAGCCUGAUGUCUACAUCCCCGAGACUCUGGAGCCCGGGCAGCCGGUGACGGUCAUCUGUGUGUUUAACUGGGCCUUUGAGGAAUGUCUAGCCCCUUCUUUCUCCUGGACGGGGGCUGCCCUCUCCCACAGAAGAACCAGACUAAGCACCACCCACUUCUCAGUGCUCAGCUUCACACCCAGCCCCCAGGACCACGACACCGACCUCACCUGCCAUGUGGACUUCUCUAGAAAGGGUGUGAGUGCACAGAGGACCGUCCGACUCCUCGUGGCCUACGCCCCCAGAGAUCUUGUUAUCAGCAUUUCGCAGGACAACACAUCAGCCCUGAAACCCCAGGAAAAUCUCACACAUCUGGAAGCCCAGAAAGGCCAGUUCCUGCGGCUCCUCUGUGCUGCUGACAGCCAGCCCCCCGCCACGCUGAGCUGGGUCCUGCAGGACAGAGUCCUCUCCUUGUCCCACCCCUGGGGCCCCAGACCCCUGGGGCUGGAGCUGCCCGGGGUGAAGGCCGGGGAUUCAGGGCGCUACACCUGCCGAGCGGAGAACAGGCUUGGCUCCCAGCAGCGAGCGCUGGAUCUCUCUGUGCAGUAUCCUCCAGAGAACCUGAGAGUGAUGGUUUCCCAAGCAAACAGGACAGUCCUGGAAAACCUUGGGAACGGCACAUCCCUCCCGGUCCUGGAGGGCCAAAGCCUGCGCCUGGUCUGUGUCACCCACAGCAGCCCCCCAGCCAGGCUGAGCUGGACCCAGGAGGGACAGAUUCUGAGCCCCUCCCAGCCCUCAGACCCCGGGGUCCUGGAGCUGCCUCGGGUUCAAAUGGAGCAUGAAGGAGAGUUCACCUGCCAUGCUCAGCACCCGCUGGGCUCCCAGCACGUCUCUCUCAGCCUCUCCCUGCACUACCCCCCACAGCUGCUGGGCCCCUUCUGCUCCUGGGAGGCUGAGGGUCUGCAUUGCAGCUGCUCCUCCCAAGCCAGCCCGGCCCCCUCUCUGCGUUGGUGGCUUGGGGAGGAGCUGCUGGAGGGGAACAGCAGCCAGGACUCCUUUGAGGUGACCCCCAGCUCAGUCGGGCCCUGGGCCAACAGCUCCCUGAGCCUCCAUGGAGGGCUCAGCUCCGGCCUCAGGCUCAGCUGUGAGGCCUGGAACGUCCAUGGGGCCCGGAGUGGCUCCGUCUUCCAGCUGCCAUCAGGGAAGCUGGAGCGUGGGGGAGGAGUCGGCCUGGGGGCUGCCCUGGGAGCUGGUGUCGCUGCCCUGCUAGCUCUCUGUUCCUGCCUCGUCAUCUUCAAGGUGAAGACCUGCAGGAAGGAAGCUCGCAAGAGGGCAGCAGCAGAGCAGGACGUGCCCUCCACCCUGGGGCCCAUCUCCGAGGGUCACCAGCAUGAAUACUCGGCAGGCAGCUCCCAAGACCACCUGCCCCCAGGUGCAGCCACCCCCACCCCAGGGCAGAGGGAAGAGCAGGAGCUCUACUACGCCUCCCUCAGCUUCCAGGGGCUGAGGCUCCGGGAGUCUACGGACCAGGAGGCCCCCAGCAGCACUGAGUACUCAGAGAUCAAGAUCCACAAGGGACGGCCCCCAAGGGGCCUGGGCUUUGGGCUUCAGCUGGAGAGGGAGACAUCAGGGAUGGUUCCCAAGUGAAGAGUUCUCCAUGGAAACAGGACACCAGCAAGUGCGUGGGAGUCAUAUUGGUGUGACGGCCAGAACUGGACUCAGAUUUCAGCCCCAUCCCCAGUGAAGAGCUUGAGUUUGAAGAGUAUACUCUUUUUUGAGACAGGGUCUCACUCUGUCCCCAGGCUGGAGUGCAGUGGUGCAAUCUCAGCUCACUGUAGCCUCAACCUGCCAGAUUGAAGUGAUCCUCCUGUUUCAGCCUCCCAAGUACCUGGGACUACAAUUGUGAGCCACCACACCAGGCUCGUUUUUGUAUUUUUAGUAGAGACAGGGUUUUGCCGUGUUUCCCAGGUUGGUUUUGAACUCCUGGGCUCAAGCAAUCUGCCUGCCUCUGCCUACCAAAGUGCUGGGAUUACAGACGUGAGCCACCGUACCUGGCUGAAGAUUAUACUUUCAAUUCAGAGCGAGUUUGAAGAUAACACUUUUGAGGCAUCGCAUCUAUGGUUCAUUACUACAGAAGCUUCUCUGGAUGUGUAAAGCACAGGAAACCAGGCAGAGGAGGCACAGGGCGCUCUCCAGAACGAGAAGCCAGCUCCUGGGGUUGCUUUGCUGCAAUCAGCAUUCCCCAUUGAUAACCAUUCUCCUCCUUCGGAAGAGGGAGAGUGAGAGAACCAAGUCCGAGUGGUCCCCAUUUUAACAUUAAAAAAAAAAAAAAAAAAA